AGAUUGCUUUGUAACAAGAUAUAAGGACGGCCAUUGGUGGACAGAAAAGAAAGUACUCUAUUGCAAGGUUUAUUAUGGAUUCUCGCACGAGUGUACAAGAUGUAAUCCGAUGUGACCUUUGUGGAACAGUUGAAGUACAGAAGUACUGUGAUUUCUGUCAUGUCAAUCUAUGUAUUCCUUGCAUAGGAAAACAUAUCUCUGAUGACUAUGACAAACAUAAAGUUGUCACAUUCCGACAAAAAAAGUCAACUUUAAUUUUUCGUAAGUGUACAGCACAUCAAACAAGAGACUGUGAGUUUCUCUGUAAAACGUGCAAAACCUCUGUGUGCUCUCUGUGUAAUAUAUCUGAUACACAUAGGGGGCAUGUAGUUUCAUCUCUUUCUGAUCUCUUUUAUUCAAAACGGAAAGAAAUUAAGAAAGAUACUGAUGAAUUAGAAAACUCAAUUUCUCCAAGGUAUGCAGAAAUUGCAAAUGAAAUAGAAAACCAGAUAGCUAACUUAGAUGGGGAAUAUGGAAAUCUUACAACAACGUUGAUCAAAUGUGGAGAAGAAUGGCACAGAGCAGUUGACUUAAUUGUCGAAAAAUUAAGAAUUGAAAUAGAAAAGGUAAAAACGAAACAUGAGAGUAUUCUGAAGGAGCAUUUGAGUGAAAUUGAACAGAUACAGACUCUUAUUGAACAAACACUUCUAAAUCUUACUCAAAUUGAAGAUUCAAAUGAAGUGUCUUUGACCAUGGAAUACAACUCACGAACCAAGGAAUUCAGCAAACUACCUCCAAAACUUCAAAUAUCACUACCAACCUUUAGUUCAAGGACAAUAGACACAGAACAGUUUUACAAGCUGUUUGGAUAUCUAACAAAAUUAUCCGUCACAACAGAGGAAAAUGGCUACGAAGUGAAGAAACCAAAGAUAUCAACAAAAGAGAUGAUGGAGGCACAGACUUGGGACACAGAGAACAAGCCCUUUACCAAUAAGCUGCUGGUGGCCGCCAUUGACUUAGGUACCACCUACAGCGGCCUUGCAUUGUCCUUUACACAUGAAUACGAAAAGGACCCUUUGAAGGUCAGAAAUAACAUCUGGUUAGCAGGCUGCACGAGUCUGGUGUCCCUAAAGACCCCCACCUGUGUUCUGUUCAAUAAAGACAAAGUGUUCGACGCGUUUGGUUAUGAAGCGGAGGAUAAAUAUGCAGAACUGGCAGAGGAAGAGGAACAUGAAGAGUGGUAUUACUUCAAGAGGUUCAAUAUGUCUCUCUAUAACAAAGAGGAACCACUUUCAAAAGCAGUAGAAAUAAAAUCUAUAGACGGGAAGGAGAUGAUGGCUUUAGCUGUGUUUUCUGCGGCCAUUAAAUUCUUCAAGGGUCACCUACUGUAUUCUCUAAAAAAAGAAGAAGCAGGGAUCAGGGAAACUGAUAUAGGAUGGGUCUUAACAGUUCCCGCUAUCUUGGACGAUCCUGCCAGACAGUUUAUGAGAGAGGCGGCAGUUAGGGCUGGAAUAUCCAGGGACCAGUUACUGAUAGCACCGGAGCCUGGGGUGGCCUUGCUAUACUGUAAACAUCUCCCCGUAGAGAAACUACAUUCUAAGGGUGGCGUCCAGGGAUCAGAGAUCUUCGAGGGAAGCAAAUACCUAGUUCUGGAUUGUGGAGGAGGAACAGUAGAUAUCACCGUUUAUGAAUUACAACCUGAUCUCAGCCUAAUGGAACUGUACAGAGCUGGUGGAAGGACAUGUGGAGGGACUCAGGUAGAUGAGGCCUUCAAACAAAUGCUGAUCAAAAUAGUAACAGCCCCCAUCCUCGUUGAGUUUUCCCGCUCACAUACAGCUGAUUAUGUGAAUAUGUAUCGAGAAUUCGAAAUUAAGAAGCGUUCCUUUAAAGGUGACGCACAGGGCAAGGUCACCCUAAAAAUUCCAAUAUCCCUGUUGGAAACUUUCGAAGAGAAUACAGGGGAAUAUAUAAAAGAGGCAAUAGAGAAAAGCAAGUAUUCAGGAAAAAUCACAUUGGUAGGGGACAGAUGCAGAAUAACAGCAGAAGUGAUGAAGAGCUUGUUUGAAGUGGCAGGAGAUCAAAUUGUGGAUCAUGUUAGAGACCUAUUAAAGAAAUCGGAGAUCUUAGGAAUCAACAACAUUAUAAUGGUCGGAGGAUUUUCCGAGUCACCAAUUCUACAGGACAUGAUCAAGCAAUCUUUUCCAGAUAUGAGAGUUAUUAUUCCCCCCGAGCCAGGGCUUGCAGUUCUCAAAGGGGCGGUGCUGUUUGGACACAAACCUGUCACAAUUUCUUCUCGCAUUUCCAAAUAA